AUGGGGGAUCCAGGCGAGCCGUUUUCGCUCGACUUGCACGGGCCGGGCGCGUCCGCGCUCCGCUCAGUCGUGCGCGACAAGCUCGCCGAUUUCUCCGAGAGCUUCACCGACGACGUCCUCGCGGAGUACGUGGUGGUGCUCGUGGCGCACGGCAAGCCCAAGACCCAUGCCGCCGAGGAUCUCGAGGCCUUCCUGGGCGACCAAACCGCCGCCUUUGUCGACUGGCUGUGGGUUCAUCUUUCUGCCAACAGUGGGAAAUACAACGCGGCCGCUGCUCCAGAUACCGCUGGUGAAGGCAAGGAUGGGAAGGAGGUAUUUGUAAAGGAGGAGGGGAAGCGGGACGAGGUGACGCGAGAAGAGGGACGAGGGAGAGAGGCUGGUGAAGUGAGAAAGGAUGGCGAAGGGGUGUGGGAGGAGAGGGGGAGGGAGGAUAGGUUAAGAGAUGGGAGAGCGAGGGAAGAGAGGGCGAGGGAGGGGAGAGGGAGGGAAGAGAGGGUGAGAGAAGUGAGGGGGCGGAGCAGGGAGAGGAGUGGUGAGAGAGGCAGGGAGAGAGGGGGAGAGAAAGGAGCGAGCGGAGAGAGGGAGGGAGGCUGGAGCAAGGAGCGCGAGAAGGAAAGGGAGGGAGACAGGAGGAGCCUGGAUGGAAGGACAGAGUCGUGGAAGGGCAAGAGAGGAAGGGAUGGGGUUGUUACUGGGCGUGAGGAAGAACGGGGGAGGGGGUAUGAGGAGAGAGGGAGAGGGUAUGAGGAGAGAGGGAGAGGGCAUGAGGAGAAAGGGAGAGGGUAUGAGGAGAGAGGUAGAGGGUAUAAAGGACGACUUUAUAUGGACGAGGUACGAGGGGCGGACGGCGAGGAGGAGGGGGGAGAUGAGAGGAGAACGGCGAGGGGGACGGAGAGGGGGACUGAGAGGGACGUUUGGGCGCGUCGGGGUGGGUCUAGAUCUUGGUCUCCGCCGGGAAAGCGGGAGGAGAGGGGAGAGGAGAGCACUAGAAGGAUGGAGGAGGCAAGGGGUGGAUUGGAUAGGGCGCUUAAGAGGCGGGCGACAGGGGAAGGGGGCGGUGAGGAGUGGGUGGAGAGGCAUGAGCGGGAGAAGCAGGGGGAGGAGGGGGGGCGGGAGAGGGUGCGCGCGGAGGGGCAUGGGGAGGAGGAGAGGGCGCGCAUGAGACGGCUGUUUGGCAGCAGCCUGGGGGAAGGGGCCCGCAGGCGGGCGACUGUGGACGGGGGGAGGGCGGAUGGGGGGAGGGCGGAUGGAGGAGAGAGAGCGUUGGUGCGGAGACGGACAGAGGGAGCAGAGGGAGCGGAGGAGGCAGAGGGGGCGGAGAGGGUAGUUAGGGUAAUGAGGGCAGAGGGGGCAGUGGGAGCAGUGCGGGAGGACAGCGAGGAGGCUGUGAGGAGGAAAGGGCGUGGGGCGUUUGCUUUGGUGGGAGCGAGUGAGAGGCGGAUAGAAGGUGAGGAGGAGAGGUGGCAGGCCGAGGAGGGGGUGGAAGUAGGAGGAGAGGAACAAGAGGGAGGGGAUGGUGUUGAGAGAAGGGAGGGGAGGGGCUUGGAUGGGACACAGGGGGGGGCGGCAGGAGGGCUGCUGGUGGGGAAGAGAGGGCGGCAAGUGGGCGGGGGAGCAAGGGGAUUGGGCGGCAGGCUGUGGCAGUUUGCGGUGAGAGAUGCUGUGAAGCCUGCGAGGGAGGUGCGUGCCCCUGCGCACGCCCAUGCCGCUGCCGCUGCGGCUGGUGUGCCUGCUGGUGCUUCCAAUGUUUCUGAUGGCGGUGGUGCUGAUGGUGCUGCUGAUGAGCAGCAGGAGGAGGCGACAAGGGCAGUGGCAGUGAGAGUGGGGCGAGUGGUCGUGUCUGCCCCUGGUCGUUCUGCCACUUAUGAUGCCGAACCCCUUGCCCCUUCUUUCACCGCCCCUCGUGCUGCUUCCGCUGGUGUCUCCCCUGGUGUUGCCAAGGCUGCUGUUAGAGCAGGUAGUGAGGAGGAGCGGGUGACAAGAGCAGAGGAGAGAAGGGAUGUGGAAAGAGGAGUGGAGAGAGGAGAGAAGAGGGAAAAGGAUAGAGGAGAGGCGGGAGAAGAGGAGGGGGGAGAAGAGGAGGGACUGGAGGAGGAGGAGGGGCGUGGGGCACGGAAACGGUUGCGAUCAGUCGUGGUGUCCCUUCCUGCUGACGCCCCUCGCCGGAUCAAGGCAGUGCGGAGGCAGGAGAGGGAGGGGUGGGAGCGGAGGGAGGGGAGGGAGGGGAAGGAGGGGAAGGAGGGGAGUGGGGGAGAGGAGGCAGAUGAAAGGGCAAGAGUGGAUUCAAGAGCAGGGGGAGGGGGGAGAGGAGAGGAAGAUGCGGAGGGGAAAGAGGGGGCGGAGAAGGAGGGUGGUAGAGGGAGUGUGUGGGCGAGGCUGGGCAAACGAUGUGUGCAGAGGGGUGGAGAUGGGCGGAUAGUGGUGCAGAGGCAAGCGGAGCUUGGGGAAGAGUGUGAGGAAGGGUUUAUGGGAGGGUAUGUGGGAGGGUAUGGGGGAGAGUAUGGGGCAGGUUACGGAGGAGAGUAUAUGGAGGGGUUGAGAGGGGUUGAGCAGGAUAUGUGGAGAGAGGGAGCAGGAGAGGGAGUAGAGGGGUGGGGCGAUGGGAGAGGAGGGGAGGGAGGGGGGAUGCGAGUAAGGUUCGGAGGAGAGGGGGAAGAGGACGAGGAGGAGGACGAGGAGGACGAGGAGGAGCGGGUUGAGGGCGUGGGAGGAGAGAUGCAAGCAGGGGCGAAAGGAGGGGUGAAGAGAGGAGGAGGAGGAGGAAGCAGGGAGAGAGGCGAUAAAGAUAUGGAGAAGGAGAAGGAGACAGAGAAGGAGAAGGAGGGUAAAGUCAGCCCAGUGGCUCAGAAGCAGGAGAGUGUGGAGGCGAUGAGGCAGCGGCUGCAAAAAAUGCAGGAGGAGAUGAGAAGGAUGAAGGCGCUGCAGGAGAAGACUGCUGCUGCUGCUGCUGGCGAUAAGGCUGCUGCUGCUAAAGCUAGUUCAGUAACGAGCAGUGCUGAUGCUGCACCCUCUAGGCCCACAGACCAGUACCAUGUGCCUCUGCUCAAAUCCAUAUCCUUCUUCCCUGCACUUCCUUUCCUCCUAACCCUCCCCGUCUCCUCUCUUCCGCCGUCCCUUCUCUCUCCUACUCGUUCUUCCCUCUCCACAGGGGAUGCUGACGAUCGCUCUGUGCUCGUAUCCAAUGUGCACUUCGCAGCAACGGUGGCAGCACUGACCCUUCACUUCGCAGCAUGUGGGGAGAUUUGUCGAGUCACCAUGCUCACUCAUCCCCUCACCGGCCGCCCCAGAGGAUGUGCUUAUAUCGAGUUUGCCACUAAGGAAGCGGUUGACAAGGCCCUGGCACUCAACGAUGCUUCGUUUAUGUCACGUCCGCUUAAGAUCAUCCACAAGCCCCACGCGGCAGUGGAGUCACUCCCCUCUGCAACACACGCCCACUCUCUGCCCCUUUACUCACAGGCAACUUCCUCCCUUCUCCCUUCUCCCGUCCCCUCCCCUCACCCACAGAUCAUCCACAAGCCCCAUGCGGCACUGGAGGCACUCCCCUCUGCUGCACCACCCGUGCCAGCCAUCACUCUGCUACUAAACCACCUUCCUCCUUUCUCCUGCCAUUCCCACGUCUCCCUGUACCCACAGAUCAUCCACAAGCCUCACGCGGCACUGGAGGCACUCCCCACUGCGACCGCUCCACCCAUCUCUCCUUCCACGCGCCCCGCUCGUCCGCUCCUCACACCCACCAAGCUCCCCUCCCCUGCUCUCGGCACCAGCCCCACAGCCCUCGCCUCCCACUCUGCCCGUCUUGUGCCUGCAAAGGCCCCGGCUGUGGGUGUGAUGGCUCAGGGUGUGGGUGUGAAAGCACAAGCUGCCCGCCGGCCCUCUGCCAGAGGUAGCUUGCAGUGGAGGAGACAACCUGAGGCCGCUGCUGCUGCUGCUGCUGCAGUUGCUGGUGCUGCUUCUUCUGAUGCUGCUUCUGCUCCUGCUCCUGCUACUGCUGCUGCUGCUGUUCCUGAGACUAAGGUUGAGGGCAGGGGUGGUGUGAUUGGCAAUGGUAAGGAAGCUGUGCUUGAUGUUACGCAGAAAGCAGCACCUCGCUCUGCACCUGUGGCAGCAGCUGCUGAUGCUAAAGCAGGCGAAAUCAAGGGGUGA